AUGUCGCAGGAGGCAAGGAUCUCACAGCCCAAGGGCCAGGAGGAGUUUGUGGAGACCAUUGAGCCCGCACAAGCUAGGGCAGUGUCUCCUCAUAACAAUGGCACAGGAAGUCAUCCGAAAGGAGAUCAAGCUCUCCAACUCAUCGAAGAGGCAGGCUAUUCGAACGUUCUGACCCCUGAGAAUAACGCCAAAGUUCUUCGAAAGAUCGAUUUGCGUCUUCUGCCCAUCCUCUUGGGAAUCUACUUCCUUCAGCAACUUGACAAGUCCACCAUCUCGUAUGCAUCGGUUUUCGGAAUUGUCGAGAAAGCCCAUCUGGUUGGCCACCAGUACUCCUGGUUAGGAGGCUCAAUCUAUCUGGCACAACUGGUGUUCCAACCCUUGGUAGCGUACCUUUUGGUUAAAGUGCCCCUGGCAAAAUUCCUGGCCGUGUCCUGUCUCCUAUGGGGUAUUGCUCUAUCUUGCAUGACUGCAGCGACUACUUUCAAGGAAUUGCUUGUUUGUCGAAUUUUCCUCGGUAUCUUUGAGGCUGGAAUCGCCCCAGCAUUCAUCGCAGUUACCCAAAUGUGGUACAGACGUCGUGAGCAGCCCGUGAGAUUGAGUUCUUGGUAUGCAAUGAACGGUGUCGUGAAUAUGUUCGGAAGCUUGAUUGCGUUUGGACUAGGUCACAUCCAUUCCACUAUAUUUGCAUCCUACCAAAUCAUUUUCCUCUUCUUCGGUUUGGUUACUGUUGGAUUCUCUGCCGUUAUCUUUAUUUUCAUGCCAGACUCCCCUGUUACGGCCAAAUUCCUCGGAGAAGAAGACAAGCUUCUAUCAAUCGAAAGACAGCGAAUGAAUCAACAGGGUGUCGAGAGCCACGAUUGGAAAUGGGACCACGCGAAGGAAGCAUUCCUCGAUCCCAAGUCAUGGUUCUGGUUUGCGUUGAUGUUCUCCAUUUCUGUCCCGAGCGGCGGCAUCACAACAUUCGGUCCAUUGAUUAUCAAGUCCUUUGGCCUUAGUCAGUAUGAUACCAUGCUUUUCAACAUCCCCUUCGGUGCAGUACAGCUUGUUGCCACCAUGGGAGGAGCCUGGCUAGCGACUGUUUGGAAGAUGAAGGGCCCGGUUCUAGCAUUACUCUGUCUUCCACCCAUCGCCGGUUGUGUGAUGUUGUUGCAGAUCACGCACGACAAUGCCCACAAAGGCCCCCUACUUGCAGGAUACUACAUUAUCUCUGUUUACCCAGCCAUUACCCCACUGAUCUAUUCCUGGUCUGCAGCGAACACCGCCGGAGAGACCAAGAAGAAGGUCACUACUGCUAUUCUAUAUGUUGGACAGUGCGCGGGUAAUGUCCUUGGGCCAAACCUUUAUACCACGGCUGAAGCGCCACUUUACCGUCGUGGUCUGCUUUCAAAUCUCGCGUUGUUUUGUGCCUUGAUUGGUUUGACCGGGGCAAACACGGCAUAUCUGUACCUCAUGAACAAGAAGCACGAAAAGAGACGUGUGGCUGUCGGAAAGAGCGCCAAGAUUAUAGACCAGUCUAUGCAAACUGUUCAAGUUGUCUGCGAUGCCAAGGAAGAUCAGCCUCAACAAGCAGUAGACGACAAUGCCUGGAAAGACUUGACAGAUUGGCAGAAUGAGGACUUCGUUUACGUCUUUUAA